CCGAUCCCGGAUUGUGCUGUGUGGUGGCUCCUUAGCUCCUGGGGAAGCCCCAGUUCUGAGGCAGGGGUGCCCAGGCUUGGUGGCCCUCGGCCUGCGCCAGGACCUCUCGGCCGCAGCCAGGAUGAACGACUUUGGAAUUAAGAACAUGGACCAAGUAGCCCCUGUGUCUAACUAUUACCGAGGAACACUUAAGCGUCAACCAGCUUUUGAUAACUUUGAAUGCACCGAUUCACUAUUUGAAGGAUUUUUCCCUUUACUAAAUGAGGAACAGACACUUCAAGAGGUACCAACAGGCUUGGAUUCCGUUUCUAAUGAGUCUGCCAGCUGUGAAUUGCCCUUGCUAACUCCGUGCAGUAAAGCUGUCAUGAGUCAAGCUUUGAAGGCCACUUUCAGUGGUUUUACGAAGGAGCAGCGUCGCCUUGGCAUUCCCAACAAUCCCUGGCUCUGGACAGAGGAGCAGGUGUGCCAGUGGCUUUUUUGGGCUACCAAUGAAUUCAGUCUGAUGGAUGUAAACUUCCAAAAAUUUAUUAUGAAUGGUCAAGUCUUGUGCAAUCUUGGCAAGGAGCGAUUUCUGGAGCUGGCCCCCGACUUUGUGGGAGACAUCCUUUGGGAGCACCUGGAGCAGAUGAUCAAAGAGAAUCAGGAAAAAACAGAAGAUCUCUAUGCAGAAAACUCCCAUCUCACUUCAAUGCCUCAUUGGAUCAACAGUAAUUCCUUAGGCAGUAGUGUGGAUCCGCUGCCAUAUGGAAUGCAGACACAGAGUUGUUCCAAGACAGCCCUCUUGGAUAGUUUGUGUCAGUCAUCUCCAGGACCGAACAUUCUCAAUUCUGAGCAGGAAUUUCCAUUAUAUUCCAAAUCCCGACUUGACACAAUAAGUGUGAACUACCGCUCAGUGAAUCCAGACUUCCAGGGGAACAAUUUGAAUUUACUCAUCAAUGAUUCCGGUAAGCCAGGAAAAGCUGAUUCUGCUGAGAACGGCAAGGACAGUUUUGAAGGUUCCGAUUCUCUGCUCCAGUCAUGGAAUAGCCAGUCAUCUUUAUUGGAUGUGCAGCGUGUGCCUUCGUUUGAAAGCUAUGAAGAGGACUGCAGCCAGUCCCUGUGCCUGAGUAAGCCUACCAUGUCUUUCAAGGAUUACAUUCAAGAAAGAAGUGACCCAGUAGAACAAGGCAAACCAGUUAUACCAGCUGCCAUUCUUGCUGGUUUUACAGGAAGUGGACCUAUUCAGCUCUGGCAGUUUCUUCUGGAAUUACUAACAGACAAGUCGUGUCAGGCGUUUAUUAGUUGGACUGGAGACGGCUGGGAGUUCAAGCUGGCCGACCCAGACGAAGUGGCUCGCCGCUGGGGGAGGAGGAAGAACAAGCCCAAAAUGAACUACGAGAAGCUGAGCCGCGGCCUCCGCUACUACUACGACAAGAACAUCAUCCACAAGACGUCCGGCAAGCGGUACGUGUACCGCUUCGUGUGCGACCUGCAGAACCUCCUGGGCUACGCGGCGGAAGAGCUCCACAGCAUGCUGGGGGUGCAGCCGGACACGGAGGACUGAGCGCUGGCGGCCCCCCUCCGGGCCUGGCCGCACUCCCCACAGACUGGGGUGGGACACCCACCCUGCCUGGCUGCUCAGCGUGGGGCGCCAGAAGGACCUUUCAAAGGACGCGUUCGCCAGCCCGGCGAUGGAGGGGGAAGCGAGGCCUUGUUUAGCAGCGGCAGCAUCUCGCUGAGCCACGGCGCAGCCCACAGAUGAGACACGGCAGCGUCUGGGGUUAAAGCCCCGCAGAUGGGAUUCUGCUUUCUAAGGCCAACAUGCUGGGAAGCCUCGAGCACGUGGCUUCUGCCUUGGAGAAGCAGGUGUGGCAAAUGCAAAGCGUUUACUUCCCGAGGAAAGGCAAGAGAAGGCCAUUUCAGAGGAGAGCGCUUGGAUGCUGCUGGGACCUGUGGCUCUUCUGAAAGCCUCUACAGUGCUAUUUAACAGAAAUUAUAUAUUGUAAUUUAAUUAUUAAGUGUGCUUGAAAUAGGAACCAGGAAGGACACUGACCUACCCGUUGUUUUAUCUUCCCUUUUCAUAGUACCUGCAACCUUAGAAAACUAUUUAAUCUGCCAAAGACAGGCAGAGGAAAUUUGUGAAAUGUGUAUUAGACAGACAUAAUAUAUUCCUACAUGGGAAAGGGUAUAGAAGGUGGUCGUUAUUAUUAUUAUUAUUAUCUGCCGUGUCUAUUAUUUGGCAGAUACUUUGUAUAUUUGGGCAUUUUUACAAGAAACUAAUGAUUGUACGGGGCAUAACUGACCUUUUUGUGAUUUCUAUUCCAAUGUUGAAGUGACUGGCCAAGAAGCAGUACUUUUCCUCAUGAAUGCCGUUUUCCACUUCUGUGCAUGUCUUUCAAUCAGUUUAAUUCAAGACUUCCUUUGAGUUUAAUUAUGCUCGUCCUAUCUUCCUUGCCUCAACCAUGGCCUCUCCGGUGUGGUUCUCUUUGCCCGAUUAAUGUUGUUUGAUUAAAAUAGGAACUCUAUUUUUGGAAAUCUGUAACUCCUUUUCAGAGAUCAGGAGGGAUUUGUGUAGCAGCUAUUUUUACUGCAAAAAAAAAUCACUGGAAAAUACAAUUUGUAAGAAAGUUUUAUUUUUAUCUUAGCUUCAUGUAAAGUUAAAUGUAUUAUAAUAUACAGAGCAAGAAGUUCCGGAAAACCCAAUCUUUAUUAAAGCCUCUUGAACAUAAA